AUGGUGUGCGUGAUACCUCGCAUUCUCGAGUACCAUCCUGGUAUUUUGUUUCUCACAACCAACCGUGUUCGCACGAUUGACCCGGCAUUUGGGAGCCGCAUAACCGUGGCUCUUCGCUACCAGGCCCUCGAUGAAGAAGCCCGUAUGAAAAUCUGGAAAGAUCAAGUGGGCCGAUUGAAGAUUGAAUCCACGAGCGGUGAGAUCAGCUUUGACGCACUGGCAAAAGUGCCCUUGAACGGUAGACAGAUCAAGAAUGCCUCUCGCUUGGCUGUGAGCCUGGCUGCUGAGAACGGCGCUCUGCUGAGCGAGAGGUUGCUUCUGGAUACAGUGGGAAUCAUUUCACUUGGGCAUCAGAAUAUCUUGGCGGGCGACACGUGA